AUGGUCAUUUCAUCGUCACCUUCAUUUUUUGCUCACUUGGAUGUCAACAAAGAAUGUGAGUUGCAAGGUAGCAGUUCACCGAUUACACAUGGGGACACCGGUCAAAAGAUUGCCAUGAAGGAAGCGAGGGCUUACCCAAAGGGCCACCGACACCUCCCAGGUCUUAUCGUGCACAGGCCCUCGGUGGCUGCAGGUGAGCCACGACGCGGUGAGACUUUUUCUGGUCUUUCUCUCCCCUCCUCACACGAUCUUUGUGGGCUCACUCCUUGGACAUUGACACACGUCCUGCAGACGAAUGGUGUUGAGUACCAGUCGAUAGGUAGGGGUAGUACCUACGCGCCUGCCUCCGUGACAGGCGCUGACACGCAAGACGGAAACCAAUCAGGACGCAAGCACCACCCACUAUCGAACCGCGGCCCAAUAAAUUCUUCCGCGAAGUGGUGCCGGAGCAGUUUCGGUGCUCAUCUUGAGUGA